AAUUUUGGAGCAGUCUUAAUCUUAUUUAUAUAAUGAAAUUUAUGGCUCAUCAGUCUUCUAGUUGUGACUGAAGUUUGUGGAGAAUUCUUGUGGACUUGUUAACAUCCUAUUGUUGAAGCCCAUUUUUCUGAUUAUGUUGAAACUGAUUAUCUUAUUCAAAUUGUAAAAAAUCUAUUAAUUUACUAUUUCCAGAGUGAACAUUUAAUGGAUUUGAUCAAACCAAGCAUAUAUUGUAAUAAAAUGCAAGUUUUCUGUGCCAACAAAUUUGAUAUUACAAUAUAUAAUUAUUUAAUAUUCAAAAGUAAGCUUAGUAGUCUCUAACAAACUUAAUUACAAUCCUACAAAGGAUUGUUAUAAAUGGUCAAAUUUAUAACUAAUCUUAGCUUAUCACAGUAUUUUAUAAAUAUAAAAUUGGCCAUUUUAUUAAUCACGAUAACAUAUAUUUAAGAGGAUCACAAUCAAUUUGUCAAAGAUUAAACAACCGAUGUCCAAAAGAGACCACGUAUAUUUUCUUUUGAGGGAAUCUUAUUGCCUUUAGCAACAAUAAGAGAACAAUAAUUGAUUAAUCCAGAAUUACAAUCAGAUCCAUUUUAAAUGAUACGUUUAUCCUAGGAGUUGGUAAUACCAUUUAAAUAUACUCAUUGGUUAGGUUUCAGCUGCAUUUUCUAACAAUAUGUCUUCUAAUCAAACCAGAUUGUGUACAAAGAAAAAAAAUGUUUUUAGAAUUGGCUGAAAAAUAGAAUUUCUGAGUUUUUGCUUUGCUCUACACAAAAAGAAGUAAUCUUAAAAUUAUAAAGAGCUGAACUCACAAGCUGCUCAUUCUGA